CGUUUCAACACGUGAUCGCUGACGCCACGCGCCAGUCACGGCUGUGCUCCAUCAAGGCGUCUUUGAAAAACGUCCAAAAGGUUCAAUGUUGGACGUGUGCUCCUUGAACACCGGCUAAGAAGCAAGACCCGCCAGGAUGAGUCUCCUGCUCCGAGCUGCGGGGGCCGUGGGCGGCUUUGUCGCCGGACUCCUGAACUUGUUGACGGACAUGUUCCUCACGACGCCGCUGGAGGCCACCCUCCAACAUCUAGCGGAAACUCAGCUGACUACAUUGACUGCAGAGAAGACCACGUUGAAGGCCAGGUCUCUGUGGGAGCAGACGGGCGCCGUCAUCAUGGCGGUGCGCAGGCCAGGAUGAUUCCUGUGCAGAGAGGAGGCCGCAGAGCUGUCCUCUCUCAAGCCCCAGCUGGACCAGCUCGGGGUCCCUCUUUACGCCGUGGUAAAGGAGGAUGUCGCCGCAGAGGUCCAGAGCUUCAGGGCAUAUUUCAGCGGGGAGAUCUUCUUGGAUGAAAAGAGGCGCUUCUACGGACCACGUGAGCGACGGCUGGGCCUGCUGGCGUUCCUUCGAGCCGGGGUGUGGAUGAACGGCCUCAGGGCCUUCAGAAAGGGCUUCACGGGGAAUAUUUUGGGCGAGGGCUUCCUGCUCGGCGGCGUCUUCGUCAUUGGACCAGAACAGCAGGGAAUCUUGCUGGAACACCGGGAGAUGGAGUUUGGAGAUAAAGUCAACAGCGAAGACGUGAUGCGAGCGGUCAAGAGAAUUCCACAGCAGCUGCUGCCCAUCCAGAGGAAAUAACGAGGAAGAAGAUUUGAAGUUGGUGUGCAAAUCUGAGGACAUAUUUGAUGUUCCAAAAGACCGAGUCUGCUAAUGAUGGUCUGUUUUUAAACUCAUCUGAGCGAACAGACUUGAUACCUUAAGACUUGGGUUGCUUUUAUUACUCAUCU